AUGAGGAUGGAGGAUUGUCUAAAAGGAGUGGUUUCAGGAGGCCGAUUUAGGGAGUUUCACCCACCAGAAUCCUGGGGUACCGCUAGGCCUGGGGAGGCUGCCUAUGCUUCAAAGUCAAGGAGUGGACGUGGGGCUCCAGUAGGAAAGGACUCAUCUGUGCUGACAGGACCUCCCAGGGACAGAGCUGGGGAGGACGGGCGGAUCUGCAGGCAGAUACACGGAGCACCUGCCCCUUGGGUGAUGGAUCAGUCACGUGACUCACGGACGCAGCACAAACACCGGAGUUGUUCCCAAGGUUCAGGUGAGCUGUUUUCCAAGGAUCAGAGGAAGGCUCGGCUGUGGGCUUGUCAGGCUGAGCUCUGGUGUGGCUUGGCGUGA